AUGGAGCGCAAGGGGGACCGCAUCCCUACUCAAGAGGAGAAUGAGUCAGAGGUGACACUGAAGAGAAAUAUCCACGCAGUAACGAUCAGCCGUGAACUUCUCCGGGAAAUUUCGGACGACUUCGACUCGGACUACGACCAACCAAGCGUAUUUGCAACCCCACUGACGGGACCCCAUGUUCUGUCACGAAGCACGGUUCUCGACAACUGCGGAGCUACGCACCUUGUUAACAACCUUGACUUGCUUGAAUCGUCUUCUAUUAAAACGUGCAUCGGCGACGAGAGAGUCGACUCAGGAACUGCUUCGUACCCAAUCCUAGCAAAGGGAACGUGGAUCUUGCCAAAAGCACUAAAUGGCCCUGAUGGAGACCUCACAGCAGACCUUACGCUCCAUAACGUUGGAUACGUAGAGAACUUUCACGUUAACAUCGUUUCGGAAGCACUCCUCCGAAAGACAGGCAUCUGGUACUCCGGAUUGGAUAACACACUUCGCCAGGGAACGUACAAAAACAGCGUGGUAGUCAAGCAUCUUGUUAGGAAGAUGAACAUUACUUUCUUCGAAUAUAAGACCGGUUCCCAGUAUAUUGCUCAGAAGCGAAUUACCUCGAGUAACGCAGGAAUCGUGAACCAUUUGGUGCUUGCAGUACAGGAUCCCGCUCGACUCUCGCUUCGUAAACCACCUGAUAGGGUCUCAUGGGAUCUCUUCGACUACCCGACAAGCUUUGACAAGAACCGCUGGCUCUUAGUGAUCAAAGACGAAUAUACCGGUCGUCUUUUCGCGUUUCCGCGCCAUAACGGGAUUGAAAUCGAAGAGACACCCCCCUACACCAAGGAACCCAAUGGCGGAGGCGAACGAGCGGGCCAGGAAUUAAUAACCCGAGCGAUAAAGAUGCUCAGCGCAGCGGGCCUGCCAACUACUCUCUGGGUGGAAGCAGUCAUGGCAGCCGCCUACCUGUACAAUAUGUCACCACGGAAGCGAAGAGCUUGGCUCUCACCAAUUCAAAUCUCGGAACCUCCGGCUACGGCGAACCCAGGACUCCAAUUCCUCGGACUCGCAAAACCAAGCGAACUCGUAUUUUCACUUGAAGAGCAGCCCCUGCCACCUGCCUUCGCGCCGUCGACCGUAAUCUCAGAAGAGACAACGGUAAAACGCUCCGCGGUUAACAGCCGACGCGAAGAGGGCCUGCUCACCCCGGAACCGACCCCUGAGCCGGCCGCAGCGCCGGAGGGGACGGACGGGCAAACGACCGGCCAACAAAGCUCCGAAGCGAUGGACGCCGGCGUUCCCGACCCGGGGCACGAAGCCCUCUCUGAGGCGGUCGAAGACGUGAUAUACGUCAAGACCAACAACGAACCUCCACGAGAACCGGCCGUGGAGGCCGACUCGAGUAAUGAUCUCGGGGGUGACUCCCCAACUCACCCGGUGCGGCCACACUCGGAUAAUGGGAACGGGCGCGAACCCGAGAUAAAGACCAAGCGGGUGUACAACCGCAAGGACUACGGCCAACAACAGGGCAAACCGAGACGAUCACCUCGCUUCGCCCAACACUUCGCAUUCCUACAAACGGAACAGCGGUCACUCCACAGCGAGUGA